UUAAAUUCAGUUCAGUCUUCACGAUGAUGGCAUCAGGAGAUGAUCUCUCUGAAGUCGAAAUUCAGCCGGAAAUGCAAGAAGUGGAAAUAGAAUCCGUGCCGGUUGAAAUUCCUUUGGAAACAGUUGAGACGGACAUGGACGGGCAGCCGAUGAUAUCACUGCAGGCCAUGCCGGAGCCCGGACGCGAGGAAAUCAUCCUGCAAACGCAGGAAGAAAUCGUCGGCGGGGAUUUGUCGGCUUACGACCAGAUACCGGUGCCUAAUGCUGGCGACAUUUACAUACAAUCGAGCCCAGGACCAUCCCGGCGCGGCCAGAAAAAGGGCAAAAAGAACGCCGUGUCCGCCGUGAAGCUGCGGGCCAACGAAAUCAUCACCGACUUUGGCGCCUCUGAGCCGAAAAACCGCAAGUGGGAGCAGAAGCAGGUGCAAAUCAAGACGCUGGAGGGCGAGUUUUCGGUCACCAUGUGGGCCUCCGGUACUGACGACGAUGAUGUCAUGGACGAUGUCAGCAACCCAGAGCCUGAUCCCGACUACACAGAGUAUAUGUCUGGCAAAAAGAUCCAGGCAGGCGGAAUUCCUGGUCUUGACCUCAGCGACCCUAAACAACUGGCAGAAUUUGCCAGGUAUGAAAUGCCUGGCCACAAGGUCAAACCUAAAAAGGCCACACAGGACAGCAUUGACCGCACCAUAGCCUGCCCCCACAAAGGCUGCACAAAAAUGUUCAGGGAUAAUUCGGCCAUGAGAAAGCAUCUACACACACACGGUCCCAGAGUUCAUGUCUGCGCUGAGUGCGGAAAGGCUUUUGUCGAGAGCUCCAAACUGAAGAGGCACCAACUGGUUCACACUGGAGAAAAACCUUUCCAGUGCACAUUUGAGGGAUGUGGAAAGAGAUUCUCCCUAGACUUUAACCUGAGAACGCAUGUUCGCAUUCACACCGGUGACAGGCCUUACGUUUGUCCAUUUGAUGGAUGCAACAAGAAGUUUGCGCAGUCAACCAACCUGAAGUCCCAUAUUCUAACUCACGCCAAGGCCAAGUCGAGAAACAGUCUUGCCACCAGACCAGUGGCAAUGCAGGUGCAGAAUAUAACGCCACCUCAAUUUGUCAGUGUGGACGUAGGCAGCGCAGACGAUGCACAGUAUAUUGUUUAUACGGACUAAACAGUUAUCGGGAUUUGUGUGAGUGGGACUAGAGUUGAACAUUGUCUACCUGUGUCAAGCCAGAAACAACAUUUUUGUACCAAAAAUUUGCACAACCAGCUGGUGGUUGCGCUACGUCUUCGUAAUACCCCUGUGUGUAUUCAUUGCACGUAUGGGCCGAGUGAUUGUGGGAGAAUUUUAUCUAAAGCUCUUUUAAGGUGUCCAAUUUUUGUUCAGUGAGGUAAAGAGAAUUCUUUGCACGCCAUGGAAAGCUUAUGUUUCUCUUGGAUUUUUAUUGUUUAAGUUCUAGAUGAAUGUUUGAUCAUUUAUUUAGAGAACGACAGGCAGAUUUUACCAGUAAAUAUAAUGUUCGGCACAAAUGCCGCAGUUCUGCAUUUUUGCAGAGCUGCAGUUCAUAUUAUUAUAUUGGAGCGAUGCUUUAUGUAAAUAAUGCUUUAAGAAAGAUUGAAAAUAAUUGAAUGGUGGUAUAUAAGUACUGUUUUUGUAUUUUUUGGAUGAAGUUAUCUUAUUUGGUCUAACUUCUGAAGCCACAGAGUAGGCUGUACUUUUUUUAGUGUCUAUAAAAAUAUUAUGGAUUUUCAUAAAACAAGACUGUAAAAACCAACAACUAAAACUAAAUUUUUGACGGCAUUGGAAUGGAAUGAUCUCUAAUUAUUAUCUCAAUCUUUCUUUGCAAAAUUAAUUUUGUUUUGAAAGCAAACACAGUCUAGUUCAUGUUUGUCAAUACGCAACCGUUAACAAUAUCGACACACCCAAAGUACCUUGGACGAAUAAUUGAUAAUGAGUGAAGUACAGAGUUGUUUUCAUGCAGCAAAAUUUCAUCAACCGCCUUUAAAACA